UUCCAGCCUUGUUCACUUCUCUGGGAUGGUCGAGAGACUCGGGCUGUGAGGAGAAAAGUGAGAGAGGAGGGGGAGGAAAGUGGAAUCAAGGUUUUCUCUUGUCUUGGUUUUGUCAGCGUGUGUUUGGACAGAUUGAGGACUGGUAAGGAUUACGCAGAGCAACGGCUCCUCUCCUGACCUCAGCUGUCUGUUUGGAACUAGUUGGACCCCUGACUUGUCAUUGAAAUGUGUACAGACAUAAGAUGCAGCUACACAUCUCUAGGUCGCGGUUGGGACUUCUACUUCUCUUCGUUUUCACCACAGGUAAUAAACUCGCCACCUCAAGCCACGGCUGCGGUGGAUCCAUAGACCUCCAACGGGUCGAAACCGGUACCAUCAAAUUCACACAACCGGUUCCGACGACGGAAGAGUACAACGUCGUCACCGUUAACGAUGGCAACGCCGGGAAACCGCGGGAAAUGGACACGGUGUGCACCUGGGUUAUAGAUGUCCCUGCUAACGGGACGGUGCGGCUGGAGGUGGUGUCUGUGGACCGGGGUUCACCAGAGGUCACGGUGCAGUGCGGAGCCAGCGGGGAGCAGCGGGGGUUGGUGGCUGGGCAGAAGGCUGUCCUCUUGGGAUGUGGGACAGCUGUCGUCACCUGGACGGUCCUGAGAACCACCAUCUCUCAACACAACAUACAGCUGUUGUUCUAUACAGGUCAGGAAGCCGUCUGGAAUUCCUCGGAGCGUCAAGGCCCCUGGAUGGGUGUGUCUUCAGUCCAACGCUCCGAAAGCUUCGACGGCGACGGAACUGACCGGAACAUGUUGACUCUGGCGGGACGGAGGGGUGAUGGGGGAGAGAGGGGAGAGAUGGGAGAGAGGGGUGAUGGGGGAGAGAGGGGGCUGUCCUCCCGGUCCUCUCGCCAGGCGGGGCUCACCGUGGCUGGGCACGCCGAUAGGGAAGUCCCCCUGCUUCCUGAGGAAGAACCAGACAAUAGAAAGGAGAUGUCUGGUCCUCACUCACCCACAGUCUCACCCACAGUCUCACCCACAGACUCACCCACAGACUCACCCACAGACUCACCCACAGACCAACACACCACUCCCAGAGCACCAUCCAUCUCCCUCCCUAGAGCCCUGCGUCUCCCUCUCUGUCUGACCUCCAGCCCUCUAGCAGGCCCAGGGGAGCCUGGCCGGACCCUAACCCCACAACGAUACACCCUGGCUGGGCUGACGGAGCGAGGCCGGUCCCCUGGGGGGAGGAGCACCAGGAGCACCCUCCCUGACUCACCCCUCUCCUCCUCCUCCUCCUCUUCCUCGCCUCUCCUCCCUACCCUCCCUGACUCACCCCUGUCCUCCUCCUCACCCCUCAGUCCUGACAGAGACAGAGACUACAACGGGACUACAAAUCCCUUCAUCUCCUCUCCAUUCACCACAGCAGAGCUGCCUCUGGGAGAUGUAGUCCAGGCCACCACAACCACGACACAACCAUCCACAACCACAACACAACCAUCCACAACCACGACACAACCAUCCACAACCACGACACAACCAUCCACAACCACAAAACAACCAUUCUCUUCCACGCAGUCAUCUCCCAGGUUCAGGACUACCAGACCCCCACCCUGGUCCACCCCUCACCCCAGCCAGGGCAGCCCAUCGGCGGGUAGAUCCUCUGGCCUGUCCCCCUCCUCUCCUCUACAGUCCACCAUCAGCUCCACACACAGACCCAGAGUUUACAUCCUGCCUGAUCGGCCCGCCGACAUCAAAGAAGAGUCCAUUGAGUUGCUGCUGCAAGUGAUUCUGGAGGAGAACAGCUCUGACCAGACCACCAGUCUAGAGGAGGAAACUACAGCCUGGGUGGCGCCCUACCUCCAGAGAGCCCCGGGGUUCCAGGACCUACAGGGAGUUUGGAGCAGCGGUCGAGCGGUGCAGAGCGUUGUGGUGUUUAGGACCUCGGGAGCGUUGGCCUGGCUCGGCGUAUCAGGAGCGGGGUCUCUGCUGGAACGCACCGGAUUGGCCCAGGCUGUCAGGGAGGGGCGGAGCUUCAGAGGGUCAAAGGUUACGAACGUCACUGUGGGAGGUGUGCAGGAAGAUGUGUGUUUAUGGUUGUUUAAGUGCACUGCAGCAGGUUUUGAGUGUGUGUCCAGACCAGGUGACAUGGCCAUCUGUUCCUCAGUCUGUCACUCUGACUACUGUCACAACCAGGGCAUCUGUACCCACCACCCUCACCAACCACCCCUCUGCCAGUGCCCUGUCGGGGAUCAUUUCUGGUUCAUGGGUCGUCGUUGUGACGUGAGGAUGACGCAGCAGCGGCUGGUGGGGGCGUGUCUUGGCGUGCUGGUUGCCAUAGUUACACUGAUUGGCGCUGUGGCCUGGCUGGCGGUGCGACGAUACAGAGCCAUGCUGAUAAAGACUAAAGUAGACCAGGCACGCAGCAGCUACCGUAGGUUCAACCACUUUGACGAGCUGUCAGGUCGUUUCUGGGGGCGGUCCAUCGGUGGAUCAGCUGACUCGUUGGAUAACCCCGCUUUCACCCGCUCCGACGAGGUGCUACACCGGAGGGCGCUAGACCGCACCUGCUGUUACCACGACGACACGCUGUCCGUGGCCUCCACCUGCCCUAGCAACGGAACACACCUCAACACCGUCUACCCACACAAUUCCCAGUACGGCUGGGCGGUCAGCGAGGUCAGCCUGGCGGAGUGUGCACUGGAUUCUGGGAAAGCCAGUGACCUGUCUGUGUGCAGCUGGCCCAUAGAACCCAUCCAGUGGACGCCCUUCCCCCUGCUGCAGCAACUAUCCUCCGCACACAGAACCGCCCCGGUGAGGGCGCUGCGUCCUCGGUCCUACUGUGAAGGCAUGGAACUGGUUGAACUGGAGAAGAGCUGGACGGCCUAGUCGCGAGGAAAGGUUGAACAACUGAAUCACUGAAUAAACUGAUUCACUGAAGAAACUGAGUCACUGAGUCAAUGGUAUCUCUGAAUCACUGAAUAAACUGAUUCACUGAGUCACUGAAUAAACUGAUUCACUGAGUAACUGAGUCAAUGGUAUCUCUGAAUCACUGAAAAAACUGAUUCACUGAGUCACUGAAUAAACUGUAUUACUGAU